UCUACUGAAGAAUCUGUAAAAAACGUUGGUACAGGAAUUUAUACUAGUCUCCCAGAGUGGGCUAGACGUUUUGGUGACUACAGUUAUGAUGUUGCGUCAAGAUACCAAAUUUUAAAAGAUUUUUCUCUCACGUUUGGAGCCUUAUUCGCAAUUCCGCUUGUGCUUUUUAUCGCUUUGUCUAUUGGAUCCCUUGUUAUGACAAUUAUUAUAU